AUGUCCGGUCAACCCAUGGAGCAGGACAAAUACAUCGACAGCGCCGUGCGCGCUGUCACCAACAAGCGACCUGUCCCCGAGAUUGAUUUCACUCUCCAUACCAUGGAGGACGGCACCCAGGUUAGCACCCUGGAGAGAGUAUGCAAGGACGUGCAAGCGCCCGCCUUCCACCCACCCACCGACGAGCAGUUCUUCUCUCCCACAGACCCCAAUAAGCCCAACCUACAAUUCCUCAAGCAACACUUCUACCGCGAGGGUCGCCUCACCGAGGACCAGGCACUAUGGAUUUUGAGCGAGUGCACAAAGGUGCUCGAGAGAGAGCCCAACCUUCUGGAGAUGGAUGCCCCCAUUACUGUCUGCGGUGAUGUUCAUGGUCAAUACUACGAUUUGAUGAAGUUGUUCGAAGUUGGUGGCGACCCUGCGGACACACGCUAUCUGUUCUUGGGUGACUACGUCGACCGUGGAUAUUUCAGUAUUGAGUGUGUUCUCUACCUCUGGGCCCUCAAGAUCUGGUACCCCAACACUCUCUGGCUUAUGCGCGGUAACCACGAAUGUCGCCAUUUGACUGAUUACUUCACCUUCAAGCUGGAGUGCAAGCACAAAUACUCCGAGGCCGUGUACGAGGCUUGCAUGAAGUCAUUCUGUGCUCUUCCCCUCGCUGCUGUUAUGAACAAGCAGUUCCUGUGUAUUCACGGUGGUCUCAGUCCCGAGCUGCACACACUUGAGGAUCUCAAGAGCAUCGAUCGCUUCCGCGAACCUCCUACCCACGGUCUGAUGUGCGACAUUCUCUGGGCUGACCCGCUCGAGGACUUUGGUCAAGAAAAGACGCAAGAAUACUUUGUCCACAACCAUGUCAGAGGUUGCUCAUACUUCUUCUCAUACCCCGCUGCAUGUGCUUUCUUAGAGAAGAACAACCUGCUCUCUAUCAUUCGCGCACACGAAGCCCAAGACGCUGGAUACCGCAUGUACCGCAAGACCAGAACUACUGGAUUCCCUAGUGUCAUGACUAUCUUCAGUGCACCCAACUACCUGGAUGUUUACAACAACAAGGCUGCUGUUCUCAAGUAUGAGAACAAUGUCAUGAACAUUCGUCAAUUCAACUGCACACCUCACCCCUACUGGCUUCCCAACUUCAUGGACGUCUUCACAUGGUCGCUUCCCUUCGUUGGCGAGAAGAUUACUGACAUGCUCAUUGCCAUUCUCAACACUUGCAGUAAGGAGGAGCUCGAAGAAGAGACUCCCCUCUCAUCUGGACCACACUCGCCUCCUCUUCCAUCAAACGUAACAAGCAUGGAUCCAGAGAGCACCGAGGCCAAGCGUCGUGCCAUCAAGAACAAGAUUUUGGCGAUCGGUCGUCUGUCAAGAGUGUUCCAAGUUUUGCGCGAGGAGUCGGAGCGUGUCACUGAAUUGAAGACUGCCAGUGGAGGAAAGUUGCCUGCAGGCACAUUGAUGCUGGGAGCUGAGGGUAUCAAGCAAGCCAUCACCAACUUUGAGGAUGCUCGCAAGGUGGAUUUGCAGAACGAGAGACUUCCUCCUUCGGGUGAGGAGGUUAGAAGAAACAGUGAUGCAGCCAGACAUGAUGCUUUGACGCGUGCGGCGCAGGAAGCCGAGAACGAUCAGAAGCUGGCUGGUGUCGCCAGAAGGAUAAGCAUGUGA